UAACUCCGUCGCCAUAGAACGCUAUCCCAUCUGAGAGAAAGAUCCGCCUGACUCCGAGCAGCAGCAGCAGCCAUGGGGAUAGCCGUGGUGGCUCCAGUCGCGGUCGCGGCGGCCUACUCCUCCUCCUCUCUCGCGGCGCCGCCGAGGGCCACCACCGCUGGGAGGGCGCCAAGCCGUGCCCACGUCGCGGCGGCCGCGAUGUCCUCGGGGGCGUCCUCGUUCGUCGCCGGGGGCAGCGGGCUCGCAGUAACGGCCGUGGCGGUGGCCGCGCGGCCGAGGCGGGCGGGCGCUGGAGGCGGCGCCCUCGGGUGCAAGUGCCUGUUCGGGCUCGGGGUGCCGGAGCUCGUGGUCAUCGCCGGCGUCGCCGCCCUAGUGUUCGGGCCCAAGCAGCUCCCCGAGAUCGGCCGCAACAUCGGCAAGACCGUCAGGAGCUUCCAGCAGGCAGCUAAGGAGUUUGAAACUGAACUGAAAAAAGAGCCUGGGGAGGGUGGCGACCAGCCUCCACCGGCUAUGCCCACGGCAGUAAGCGACAGGGACGAGACAAAGGGGCUAGAGGCAUCAAGUAGCAAGGAGAGCACAUGAGGAUCAGUUUAGAGCUGUGAAUUAGGGCUGUGUAUGUAAAACUGGUAGUCUGUGUUUUUUGGAGUUAGCACAUUCCUCUCUCUCUCUCUCUCUCUCUCUCUCUCUCUGGGACCACCUUGCAGUUGCACGGCAUGUAGCGAUAUUGUUUGUACCCGGGAAGAGCACCUACCUUGUCUGUGAAAAAAGUCAUGUUCAAAUUAUGAGGCUAAAUGCUGAGCAUAAUUCAGAUUGGCAA